AUGUCAUCACCUGUUGCUUCAAAGAAGCGGAGGAUCAGUCCUUUGGAUUCCGGAACUAGCAACUCUGUCUCUCUUCCAGAAGAGUUUGAAAAUACCGCUGGAAAAGUCAUUAAAGUUACAUUAAUUAACUUUCUAAACCAUGCACAUUUGACGAUCAAUUGCUCGCCUAAUUUAAAUCUGAUUUUUGGAAGAAAUGGACAAGGGAAGAGUGCCAUUGUCCAAGGUAUCGCACUUUGUUUCGGUGGAUCCGGGCAUUCCGUCGGUAGAGAUGCCAAUUUAAACCAUUAUAUCAAGGACUAUCACCUACAAAACGGUCCAAAUUUUGCUAGAGUCGAAUUGCAAUUAUCGAAUCAAGGGAUGAAUAGUUACCAACCAGAAACUUAUGGAGAUGUUAUAAUCUUGACAAGAACAAUUUACAAGAAUAGCUCUUGCUAUGCCAUAUCCGGUUUGAUGUCAAAAAAGAAUAAUAUCGACCGGAGAACAUUGGCCCAGUAUCUUAGGCAUGUCAAGAUAAAUGUGUCUAAUCCUACGACAUAUAUGGAUCAGGAGAUGUGCAAAUCAUUCUUUUUUCAGUCUAGUGCUCACAGUUUUUACAAAUACUACAGCGCGGCAGCUGGACUGGAUCAAAUGGAGGAAAAAAUCAAUGCAGAAAAGAAUAAUCUAGAAGUCUGUAAAGCGGAACUAAAAAUAAGAAAACGGGUCUUGCAACCAGAUAGGGAAAAUAUCGAAAAUUUAUCAAAGCAAAUAAUAAGCUUGGAAGAAAACCUAAAGGAGCUAAAACAAGCUAAGGAAAGCUAUAGAUUAGCUCUCUACAAAGUUGAAAAGGACAAGUAUAAUGUAGCGAAGGAAAGGUAUGAUAAGUUUGUAGAGAACGAUCCAAGAAAUGAGAUAAAGGAAUUGGAAGACCAAAUAACUUCAUUGACAGACCUUAGUUUAACCGUUAAAUCACAAAUCCAAGAACUCAUUGAUCAGUCAACAGAGCACAAAGACAAGAUUAGAAAUAUUUCUGACAAUCUUUCUGUAUCUGAAGAAUCAAUAAAUGAGUUUGUUCAUGCAUUUUUAUUAUUUGUCACACACAGGAUCAAAUCAUCAAUGUUGGCUCUCCAUUCUAACAUAUCGCAAAUUGAAAUACAACUUAACAAGAUGGAUAGUGAAGAUAAGCCAGCUGAGCCCGAAACAAAAAGAGAAAUUGUUCAACUAAAGGAAGAACUGGAAAAUGUUACAAAAGAAUAUGAUCAAUUACAUAAUAGGCAUCAAUCCCUGUUUUCUGAGUUGUCAAAUCUUGAAAAACAAAAACUAGGAAUAGAGAAUCAAAUGAGUGAGGUACAGGCUGACUUAGAUGAAUUAAAACGUGAAAACGAUGUGAUUUUACAAUCUUUAAAUACCAAUGAUCGUAUAGAAACUAAUAGAAAAUUUUUAUAUAAAUACGAUCCAUCAUCAGUAAGAAGGGCAAUUAGCAAGGCAAAAUCAUCAAAAGUAUUUAUUCAUGAACCUAUAGGUCCUAUAGGUGAGUACUUAAAAACAAUUCCAACUGUACCAUCCUGGAAAGUACUACCCAUAAUCGAGCGUCACUUGAAACGAGUUAUUCUUGUAUGGUUGGUUGCUACAGAAACCGACAGGGCUGCUCUAGAAAAAAUACUUGUGAGUGAAGGUUGCGAUCCAAACAAUGUAAAAAUAAUGAAAACCAGUUUUUUCCAUACAAACUUGGAUUUAUCAUCAAAUGUAGAAAAAGAAUUAGCUAAGAGCAAGUUCCAGUCUGUACUAUAUAAAUACUUGGCAGUAAAUGAGAUACCUCAGGUGCUUUUAAAUAUUAUGAUUGAAUUAUUCAACAUUUCCAAAACUGCAAUAUGCAAGGACGAAAAGGAGCUAUUCGAUGUACUAAAUAAUAAUGGAUUAAAUAUAACUGCAGCAUACACUCUUAAUAACGCUGAUUUUGGGAAACGUGUCAAUGGAUCCUUGUUUUUUUCCCCUUCUUAUGAUAGGAAUCCGCAUGUUUAUCGCUAUGUACGUUAUUCUGGCGGUGCUAAGAUGGAUCACACCAAUGAAUUCAAUGAAAGACUUGCCCAAGGUAGAGAACGAGAAAAUGUGCUUAGGACAUCAUCAAGAGAGAUAACAAAGAAACUUAAAAAUAACACUACCCAAAUUUUGGUUCUUAAAUCGAAAAUUAAUACAAUAAAAAAUGAAAAGACGAAUCUUCUAAAGACUAAAACCCGAUUGGAAUCUGAUUUAAGUAAUGAAAUCAUAAUAGACAGUAUGACUUUGUUGAAUUCUAACAAUAAAUAUAAUAAUUCAAAUACUAUAAAGGAGAAAUAUACUGAACAAUUAGCUGAUCUGAACAAGAAAAUGGAAGAUUAUGAGAAUCAACUUACAAGUGUAUUUAAUGAUAAAAAACGCCAUGAAUCAGCUAUGAAAGAAACACAAAUCGGGUUGAAUACUAUAUUGAAGCAAAUUUCUGAGAAGAAGAUUGAAUUUCAAAACACACAAAACCAAAUUAAUUCCAAUAAAUCAAAAAUCCGAAAGCUCUCUGAGAACAUCAGAAAAUAUAACAGUAUUCUUGAUGACCAUUUGAAAGAAAUAAAGGAAUUAUCUCAACGCAUAAAUAAAUAUGAGCAUGAAUUCAAUGAGGAUGGAAUAGAGUACACUGACAAUGUACCGACUAAAAAGCCGGAAGAAUAUUUACGAAUCGUAGAUUCAAGUAGGCUUGUAGUUGCUAACCUGGCAAAAGGUUCUGACGGUGUAGAACAGCAUCUUUCAGAAUUAAAGGAUAAACGUUUAUCGGCAGAGGAAUCCCUACGUGAUAAGGAACUAAGACUGCAGGAAACUCAAAAGAACUAUUCUGACCAAAAAAUUAAUUAUACCAAUAGGUGCAAACGUUUUGACGAAUAUCGAUCCAGAAUGGAGCAACUAGCCAAAGUUGUUUUUAAGCGUACUCUGGAGAUGGUAUGUGGCUACGAUGGAAGCUUGAUAUUUAACGAUGUUAACCGCACAUUGGAUAUACACAUUCAUAAUAAACAACAAUCUUACAGCAAGGCACAUGUCGCCAGAGAUUUAAAGACGCUAAGUGGAGGGGAGCAGUCAUCAAUUCAGCUUUCCAUGAUACACAGUUUGGCUUCUCUAGCAUUCUCUCCGAUACACUUAUUUGAUGAAAUUGAUGUAUAUAUGGAUGAAAGUACAAGAAGUAAAAAUAUAAACGCAAUUAUACAGUUUGCGUCUAACAAUAGGGAUCGUCAGUUAUUUUUACUAACUCCACAUAUGGAAUUUGCAAAACACAUUGCAGAAAUGUAUCCUGAUAUAACUAAAAUAUUUAACGUAUCUAAACAGCAAAAUUAA